CUCACUUCUAAUAAUGAGCCAACGCAAGACAACGCAAAAUGGUGAAAAUGGCCACUCUCCAGCCGGCGGGGAUAUCGUCGACACGGGCAAAAUGGCUGCUCUCCAGCAGUACAGGGACACUGAAGGCCAUUUCUCGCUGGUCCGGAAUUUCCGACUAGCAGACUUGGUCACUAUUAUGAAUGGUGUUUGCGGCUCGCUGUCCAUUUUCAUGUCGGCCAAGUACCUGCUAUCGAAAGACGAAGAUUACCUGUGGUUUGCCUUGGUCUUUCCCGUCGCCGGCCUCAUGUUCGACUUCAUGGACGGCAAGAUUGCACGCUGGAGAAAAGAGAGCAGCAUGCUUGGACAGGAGUUGGAUAGUCUUGCCGACCUCAUCUCCUUUGGUGUUGCGCCUGCACUACUCGCUUUCGCAGUCGGCCUCCGAACGUAUCUGGACACUAUCAUCCUUACGGGCUUCAUUUGCUGCGGCCUUGCGCGGUUAGCACGCUUCAAUGCCACAGUUGCGCUCGUGCCGAAAGAUGCAAAAGGGAAGACGCGGUAUUUCGAGGGUCUCCCCAUCCCAUCCUCACUUGGUCUCGUCUCAGUGUUGAUGUAUUGGACUAAGCAUGGCUGGAUCGAGGGCAAGCAGGGUAUCCCAGGAGGUACCGUGACUCUGUGGGGAAAGUCUGGAGGAGAUGGUGACUUACACCUGGUCAGUAUUGUCUUCGGGUGCUGGGCCGCAGCGAUGGUGAGCAAGACGCUGCGGGUGCCGAAGAUUUAACAAUAGGAAAGGAGAUACAUACUUGUUCACGACGCCAACAAUACCUUCCGACUUUCUGCUCUAUGCCUAGCACACGGACGACUAGCCACCGUUUUCUGAUAUUUAGCGGAAUAAUGCGGAAAUAAU